AUGUCGAAUUUACUAUCGGCUUCGAAAGCUAGAAUUUCUGAAGUCUUGCGGCUACAAGCUUCAAUUUUUCGAACUACAUACAACCCCGAUAUGGUACGGAAUGGUGCCAAGGUACUGCGACGAAAGCUACGUGGAGAUUUGAUCAAAGAAUAUUAUUAUCCAUCUAAGACUCUUCCAAAUGCAUCAGCUUUGAACAGGAUGUUCCCAGAUUUGCAUUGUAUUGACCCCAAAGAAUAUCAGAGAUUGCAAAAGAAUGCGGAGUAA